AUGGGAAUCCAAGUACAAGCAUCGGCUAAAGAACUAAUGUGCAUCACGGAGUCUGAGAGAGCGAAGCUAUUGUUUACUCCUGAGGGCAGCAAGCUUCCCGAUCCUCUUGGGCUAAAGGACGGAUGGAUUGAUGAAAAAGAUGGGCUAACAUCAUGGCCUCCUAUAUUUCUAAGUGACAUUACGAAAUAUCUGAUGGCUGAUCAUCCUGGAAAGGAUAUUAAACUGCACGAACGGGUCAUGAAUGAGUACAAAGAGGGGAAAGCAUACCGCUUAUUUGACUCGGGCUUUCUGAAAGAAGUUUUCUACCAUGAACUAGAAAAUAUGGAUUUUUGCUUCUUGAAAGCAAAAUGUACGCAUUCGAUGAAGGUUGGUGAUACACCACAUACAUCAUGGAUUUGUUCAAGAAAAAUGGAGAGAUUAUCAGUGCCUACUGUACCUGUACUGCUGGGUAUGUUAGACUUUCUGUUUUAUAAGACUUUAACUUGUAACUGAUGCAAAAUAUAAGCCUAAAAUAUCAUGUUUAUCAUAUACCUCGAUUUUAUGACUAAUGUUGUUGGUCUAAGCUCAAUAUAUAUUAUACUUUAGAAUGUUUAAAAUAUUAUGUCUAUCAUAUACCCUAACUAUUUGUUAUUUCUUGUUUCAGUAUGAGUGGUUCUUGUAUUCAUGUGAUGGCACUGCUGUUCAGAAUUGAAGCAGCAAACCGUAAUGGUAUGACAAAUCCUGCAUGUACGUCCAAAGAGUGUGUGUGGAAUGUUCCAAUAGGAAACAAGACUGUAAUCAAGCCCUCUAGAAUUUGUGAUAUGGGUGGAAGGCUUCAAAGCUAAAUAAAGGUAUGUUAUUAUGUUUAAAAUUCUAAACAAAGUAUUUACAGUAUGUAUACUGGAUAGACAUAAGUGUUAUCUGGGGACAUAAAUAAGAAAGUUCUUAUUAGCUUGUAACCUAGCAAUUAAUUUACUUUUAUUUUGUGUUUUUCUAGAGACGACCAGACCUGCCAUCGAUAGUCGCCGAAAGUUAUUCAAUUCACAUGAAGAGUUGAAGCCCCUGACUCCAAAAGGAAAGAGGAAGUCGUUUUAUAAUAAUUUGAAGGACUUGUUGCCAGAAUCGGCAUUCAUCAAAUUAGCAACGGCUGAGUUUGAGGAACCGUGUUCAACUUCCGUUACAAUAGAAAUUAAUACUGAAGUACCUGAAUGUGUAAUGCCUAAGUCAUCAAAGAAAGACUUAAGUGCUGAUGAUAUACAUCUGAUUGAACAAGGCACCAUUGGUCAGUCUGAGAAUGAGGCAUGGCACGAUUAUUACAGAAAAGGCCGAUUAACUGCCUCUAAUUUCUAUAGAGUGUACACAAAAGUUGAAACCCUUAAAACUAAGGGGGUGAUGCACAGGAACUAG